UAAAAAAGUGUGCAUUAAAUAAAUAGUUAAAACAAGAGAGUUUGUAAAAUCUGUUUUAAAGAAAAUAAUUGAAAAUGCCACUCAAGGAACGCAAUAUUGCCAUGAUGGGCUACAGCUCUGUGGGCAAAUCAUCGCUGUGCAUACAAUUUGUUGAGGGUCAAUUUGUGGACUCCUAUGAUCCGACAAUUGAGAACACCUUUACGAAAAUAGCUCGAGUGAAUUCGCAGGACUACGAAGUCAAAGUAGUUGAUACAGCUGGACAGGAUGAGUACAGCAUAUUCCCAGUGCAAUAUAGCAUGGACUUUCACGGAUAUGUUCUUGUUUAUUCAAUAACCAGUCAAAAGUCUUUUGAAGUGAUAAAAAUUAUUUACGAAAAGUUAUUGGAUGUAAUGGGAAAGAAAUAUGUACCUGUUGUAUUAGUUGGAAACAAAACCGAUUUACACCAAGAGCGCAUGGUGUCUACUGAAGAAGGGCGUAAAUUAGCUGAAUCAUGGCGAGCUAUAUUUCUGGAAACUUCAGCUAAGCAAAAUGAGUCUGUUGCUGAUAUAUUUCAUCGACUUCUCAUAUCCAUUGAGAGUGAAAAUGGUAAUCCACAGGAAAAGAGUAAUUGCAUUAUUUCGUGAGGGCAUUCAGCCGUAAAUAACUGGUCACAACAAAAACAACGCCCUAUUCCAAUUUCCACUGCAGCAUUAAUCUAUAUAAUAGCAGCAGCAGCAGCAUUAACUGGUGCACCUAAAACAUUAAAUAAGACCAUAUCACAGUUGAUCAGUGCGAAAGAACUACAGAAGGAAGCGCUCCAUGGAAAGCUGCAGUGCAUUGUAGGCGUGGUCGUGUGUAUGUGUGAACUAUUUGAAUGUGUAGGUGAGAAUGUUUGUGUGAAUUUUUCUUAUAAACCCCGGGGUAGCUGCCAAAUUUUAUACUUGGCACUAUCGAAACAAACAUGAUUCAUAAGUAAAUAGGUAAUUGCGCGAAUUUCACUGCAUCGAUUAGCGUUGUAGAUUGAAAGUUUAAAUAAUUAAAGUUAUCACAUUUAAAAAUACAUAUUAUUCCUUAAAAAAUGUCUAUUUGAUCAAAUGUUGCACAUUGAGUUUUACGUUGCUUUAAUUUACCGGAGACUAACUUCAAUAUCUUUUACUACAAAACUAAUAAAUUUUACAGAAUUAUAAUUGUUUCUUCGGCAGUAGUUACAGUGUAAGAUAUUAUUUUUUAUAUUAAAAUGUAGUUGCUUUUUAGUCUCUUGUAUAAUUUUUGGAAUGUAUAUUUAAUGACUUUUACAAAAAAGUUUUCUCAGCAAUAAGGAAUAAAAGAAUAGAAGCAUAGGAUCAUAAAAGGACAGAAAUAAAAACAUAAUAAAUAGUCUUUGUUUCAACUACUUCUACAAUAGAGCAAUAAACUAUUAAACAUUUUUUGAAAUAAAUUUAAUUUAAUCCUAUUUAAAUGAA